AGCCCUUUAUAAUAUGCCCUCCCAUGCCCUCAUUUGCCCACCGCCUUUCACCAGUCUGCCUCCCCAAGCACCGCACACUAGGCCUCCCUUCCACUAGCAAGUACUCAUCAGUACCAAUCUCAUAUCAAUGUUCGAAGAGGCUCUCGUCUGCAUGACCUGCGGCAGGCCCGUAGAUGGCCAGGUUUAUUGCUCUGAUCAGUGCGAGUCAGAGUCUAUCGACACCACCUCGCCCUCUGCAUCUGCCUUCAGCAGUGCUGCUCCGUCGCCAUACCUGCCUCCGUCUAUGAACGCACCAGGUUACCUCUCAGACGUACCUGCCCUCAUGCCUUCAUCGUUAGGUUACCACUCAAAGGGUCACCGUGCACACCACUCCAUCUCUUCGUCGUCAAACUCUUCUGUCGUCUGGUCAGCUGUUUCAGACGACGAGGACGAAAGCCAAACACGCAUCGCCAUCGAGGGUGAACUCGCUCUCAACGCCGACUGCAUGGGCGACGCCGGCAGUAUCAGGUCUACCACCUCUGCUCUCGGAAGUGCGCUCAAGUCAAACUCCGGCCUGUCAUAUGCACGUCGCCCCUCCGCCACCAACCACCGGUCGACUAUUCCCAUCUUGCACCGCCGAUUGUCUUCUACGUCCAACCAGCCCAUGGCGUCUUUCAGCUCGACCCGCAGUGGUUCCCUUGCGGACUACUCUGCCGAGGAGGAUUUCUCCGACGUCCCUUCUGGCUCCGUAUCAUCUUCGGUCGCCUCUUCCGUUCGCUCGCGCAAGGACACUAUGCGUCCCGCCAGCUUCGUAGACGCUCUCGAGACCGAUCAAAACAGCGCUCUCAAGCGCAAGCGUGACCGUACCAGCUUGCCUGCAUGCUUUUCGUUGUUGCAAAUGUCUCCGUCGGCAGGUUCCCCUGCCUCAAAACAGUCGAGUCGCUCUCCACGAUCGCCCGCGUCUCUGCAAACUUUAAAUGCUAUCUCGCGUUCUCUCCACUCUACACCCACCACUCCUCGCACUGCCAAUCCCUUGGUCGAUCACACCUCCGCGAUCGCAGAACCGUCUACUCGGACCGAAGCCGUGGAGCCAACUACUCGUGGGCGCAGUCGCAGACGUGACCCAGAUGGUCGCUCUGCUUCUAGUCGCCGCUCCCAAGCACGUUCACCCCCUCGCCACCUUGCGCAGCACCCGCAUACGCAGACGUCAUCGACCUGCCCUCACCAUCGCGUCACUCUUGGUGCUGAGGCACGCGCACGGCUGGACAGUGUAGAGAAGGUUGCCGAUUGGGUUGCUUCAAGCCCCGUCGUUCGCAUUCCCAACACAUCCACGCGUCGCAACAGCUCUCCGCCCCCUCUUCCAAAAUACGAGUUGAUGCGAGGUGCGGGGUUCCCCGGUGUAGCUGACCUCUAUGCCAGGAGUCUGCAGUACGCUGUGGAUACUGAUGAUGAGGAAGUCGCGGUCAAGGAGAGUGUCGAAACGAGGGGAAGGCGGAGGGCGAAUGAGUUGGAUGCUGCGCCUAUUGGUGUCCGGGCUCCUGGGUUCGGAAACGGGAGGAGCGGGUUGAAGGCGAGGGAGGAUCGAGUGGGUCGGGAAGAUAUUAGAAGGGGAAGGUGGUGAGCGGCUCUCUACACCAAAAGGUCCUCUCGUCGAGGAAGGACUACCAUGGAUCGGUUACGCCUUGUCUGCUCUCGUCACGUUUCGUCAAAAAGGUUAUCGUGCUUCGCAUUCGGUUCACCAUCAUAGAUGUCUUUGACACUUCGCCUUUCAUCUCACCACUUUCACUCGGAUCGAUAUUCCCCCUCAUAUAUGCAUACACAGGUCCUCCCCUUUGCUUCGUCUUCGACUUCGACACAUCCUCCUCACCAUAUGGAAGAUCAUAUCCAUUACCUUCGUACUUCAUUCGCAACCCUGGAUCGUCUUCACGCAUGUCUCGUAUUCGGUUUCUCUUGUCUUCUGGUCUCCGGCUCAGUCUCAUCAUCGCAACUCAUCGUAACUGGCACAUUUUUUCUUUUCUCUUCUCGGGUUCAUCCAACUGGACGCAAAUGCUGUAUCAAAAUAACUGGGAUCCAACAGCCCAUUUUUAUUCUCUUUUCGUUCUCGCCCUACUCAAUGCUCCUAUCUAUUUCAUCCAUGUCUCAUGUCUCUUUUCCACUCCAUUCGACUUCACAAUGCAUCGUACCCUACCUACCACCUCAUCUAUAUCUCCCCCAACCUCUACCUCUACACGAACAUUUUCCAAUUGCCGCACAAAAACGUUACUCGACUUCACAUUCUCACUAUAGCCCUAGUCAUUGCCAGCCAAAAAAUACCUUUCUUGGUUCACUCUUUGUGUCGUUCGUUCGUUGUGCUUCGUGCUUUGUUCACCCUCAUCUCCUCGCUAUCAUCCUCAUUUUCAGUCUACUCUACCUACAUUACCUCACUCACUAGCACUUAGUUACGUACGGCCGUUUACAUAGGAUACACACUCAUAUAUAUUAUGCAUUGCGUUGAAUGGAAUUCGAGUUGCGUUUAGCUC